GCCGUGUCAGCACCACAAGGUGCACGUUUUGGACAGGGCCAAGGGCCCAUCUGGCUGGAUGAUGUCACGUGCACAGGCAGCGAAUCAAAGCUCACCGAGUGCAGGCACCGUGGGUUUGGAUCUCACAAUUGCGGUCACCAUGAGGAUGCUGGUGUCGUGUGUGAAGCUGGUUCACCAGUGAGGCUGGUCAACUCUGACAACCGCUGCUCUGGCAGAGUGGAGCUCUACCAUCAUGGACAGUGGGGGACGGUGUGUGACGAUGCCUGGGACCUGAGGGAUGCCAACGUGGUGUGCAGACAGCUGGGCUGUGGCACUGCUCGUUCUGCACCAACAAAUGCAGCUUAUGGACAGGGCAGUGGACCCAUCUGGCUGGAUGAUGUCAGCUGUUUUGGAAAUGAACCCUCUAUAACAGACUGCAGACAUCGAGGGUUUGGGGUCCACAACUGCGGUCACGUUGAAGAUGCCAGCGUUGUGUGUGAAUUUCAACCAGGAUCCAACAGCACAGUUUUACCAACCACACCGACUCCAAGACCUCAGAACACCACCACUGCUCAGGUGAUAGCUAACACCACAACACCCGCAGACAACAGCACAGGAGUUGAGGGGCAGGUCCGCCUGGCCGAUGGAGGAAACAGCUCCUGCUCCGGUAGAGUGGAGAUCUUCCUCCGAGGACAGUGGGGGACGGUGUGUGACGAUGACUGGGGCCUGGUUGAUGCUCAGGUGGUGUGCAGACAGCUGGGCUGCGGCAGGGCCGUGUCAGCACCACAAGGUGCACGUUUUGGACAGGGCAGAGGGCCCAUCUGGCUGGAUGAUGUCAGCUGUUUUGGAAAUGAAUCAUCGAUAACAGACUGCAGACAUCGAGGGUUUGGGGUCCACAACUGCGGUCACGUUGAAGAUGCCAGCGUUGUGUGUGAAUUUCAACCAGGAUCCAACAGCACAGUUUUACCAACCACACCGACUCCAAGACCUCAGAACACCACCACUGCUCAGGUGAUAGCUAACACCACAACACCCGCAGACAACAGCACAGGAGUUGAGGGGCAGGUCCGCCUGGCCGAUGGAGGAAACAGCUCCUGCUCCGGUAGAGUGGAGAUCUUCCUCCGAGGACAGUGGGGGACGGUGUGUGACGAUGACUGGGGCCUGGUUGAUGCUCAGGUGGUGUGCAGACAGCUGGGCUGUGGCACUGCUCGUUCUGCACCAACAAAUGCAGCUUAUGGACAGGGCAGUGGACCCAUCUGGCUGGAUGAUGUCAGCUGUUUUGGAAAUGAAUCAUCGAUAACAGACUGCAGACAUCGAGGGUUUGGGGUCCACAACUGCGGUCACCUUGAAGAUGCCAGCGUUGUGUGUGAAUUUCAACCAGGAUCCAACAGCACAGUUUUACCAACCACACCGACUCCAAGACCUCAGAACACCACCACUGCUCAGGUGAUAGCUAACACCACAACACCCGCAGACAACAGCACAGGAGUUGAGGGGCAGGUCCGCCUGGCCGAUGGAGGAAACAGCUCCUGCUCCGGUAGAGUGGAGAUCUUCCUCCGAGGACAGUGGGGGACGGUGUGUGACGAUGACUGGGGCCUGGUUGAUGCUCAGGUGGUGUGCAGACAGCUGGGCUGCGGCAGGGCCGUGUCAGCACCACAAGGUGCACGU